GCGUAUAUAAUGAUUUCGAUAUAAUGUUAUUUAAAAAUAUUCCGCAUUAAAAAGUAUUAUAGAACUAGUAUUGGAAUUCGGUUGACAUGUGAGGUUAAGAUACGUCAAGAAUGAUGUCAUCCUAACAUAUGUAUAUCGCUUCUAUCUGUCAUCUCUCUUAAUUAGAUAAAACACGUAAUACGCGAUAUAAUAAAUAUCGCAAUAAAUUUUUAAUAGAUACAUAAAAGAUUUUAUCAGCAACUGUGAAAUGAUAUUUGAUUGAUAAAUGAUUUUGCAAUCUAAUUCUAUAUUGCUCAAGAAAAAAAGCCCAAUUUUUUAUAAAUUCUAAAAGAUUUUGUAGACGUAAUGGCUACAGUGGAAGAAGAGGUUACAGAUUUACUUUGGGAAGAAAUGAAGAUUUUUUCCACAGAACAGCAACAAUGCUUGUAUGAACUUCUUCCCGAUUAUACAAUAUAUAAAAGUGAUGAACGUAAAUAUCUAAAACAAAAUAUUGGAUAUGCGAUUUAUGGGCCACCGACAAAGACUAAAGACGAUAGUACAAAAGAAGAGAAUAAUUGUUAUUUCAAAACAGAAAAUCCAAACGAUGCAAAUGAUGCAACUGAUGUAGUGGAUUAUGAUAAAAAAGCUGAUAAAGUCAUACAUAAGAUUUAUGACCAGAUAUGUAAAUCUAUAAUAGAAACAGAUAAUUCUCAACUAAUUUAUUUUAGUACAAUUUAUAUUAUGAUAUUCCGUCCUAAAAGAAAUGUGAAGCCUAAGAAAAAAGAAGUAAAAAAGGAAGUAAAGAAAGAUACAAAAGCAGAGAUAAAAGAAGAAGCAAAGAAAGAUGAAAAUGAAUUGUUUGUCAUAACGCCUGUACCUAUUUUUAAAAUUAAAAAAAGUGUUCAAGAAAAGUCCAAAGCUACAAAAAGAGCCAAACAAGAAAAUACACCAACUGCUGUUGAAAUACAGUAUGAAACAUGGUACAUUGAUCUCAGUGGCAGAAUAUACAAAACUUGGGCAGACUAUAAAAAAAAUAAUAACUUACCGAAAUGCACUAUGGUUCUUCCAAAAGAUGGUUUUUAUCAACCAGAUCCAAGUUAUCCAAUUACAGAGGAUUAUUCGACAGUUUGGCUGGAGAUUAUGGAUUCCCCUGCAUGUAGGUGGACAACAAAGCUUUAUAAUGGAAUGGAUAUCGCUUCUAGUGUCGUUGGAAUUGGCACAGUUGGUUUGAGUGUCGCUUCACUGUUCACACCUCUUGCGCCAGUUGUUAUUGUGUCAGGUCUUGCUGCUGCUGGUAUAAGUAGUGCUUGGUCACUUGGCCGAAAUUCUCAACAAUUAGCAGACCGCAGUAGUCAUGAAGAGUCUAUUCAUCUUUUGAAUAAAGAAGCAUUCCCACAUUAUCUUGGCAUAGCCGGUACCGCAUUUGGUUUAGGAGCAGUUGGAGGAUCAGCGAUUAUUUCCGAAGUUGCUGCACGCGGUAUGACAGUAAAUACUUUUGCAAGGGGUGUAUUCAAUACUAUACAAGGGGGCAACCUGUUCUUCAACGGCGUUGGUGUGCUAUAUCAGGGUUAUAAUAUGAUAGAUAAAUAUAUAACGGAGGAAACAGUUAGUGUCGGAGAUGCAUUAAAUUUAGCGACGCAUCUUAUGUUUUUCUGCAGCUCUGUAGUGAAGGUUCAAUUCGCUAGCGAUAUUAUUGAAAGUACUCAAGGUAGAGUUAUCAAUGAUUACAGGGAAAAUUUAGGCUCCAAACGUCUGCGCAAAAAGUUCAAUCGCGUUAAAAAUAAAGCUGCCGAAAAUAAUGUAUGUAAAAUAUCCGAAAAUGCGGAGGUGAUACGCUAUAUAAGAAAUCGUCAAGAGCUAUUGUCUAAUCAGUCUGUAAUUAACAGUGGUAACCGGAUAUUAGACAAUACUUCACGUAAUAUCGCAUGGUCGUGUGAGGGUGGCAGACUAAUAGUCAAUGGUAUCUUAUUAUUAGAUCCUAUCGAGUAUGUUACUCGCCUUAUAAGACUGGGCAUAUUUAUCGACGACCAAAACAAUUCCAUUGGAAGUCCGCGAAACUGCGCUAAUGACGCUGUCGCUGAUCAGUUGUUAAAAGUAUUAUGUGACUUAUUAUCGAAGUUCUAUGCAAGCGACGAUUGUCCUAAAAGUAUGAAACUACCGAUAGUGCCCGAUUUUGAACCGCUAAUAAGGGAAAUGAGUUCCAUGCAUAUUAAUCAAGAUUGCUUAAAGAUGCUGUUUAAAAUCACUGAAAAAUUAAUGAAACGUUCUAGAAAUAUGGACGACUUUUUAUUUCAAACAUUUACUUUUGUUUGGCAAUAUUGUAAAGCAAAUUUGAAGCAGUGGGGAAUGAGCUAUUGCACACAAAGCGUUUCUGGUAGUCACAUUUUGCAAAAGAUUAUCCGUGCAGUUUGUGAAGCAAUUGAUAUGAUACUUAGUAAUUUGUUCCAUGCCUUUGCGAUGUACAUAGAUUCCAAUAUGGACAGAUAAAUCGAGAAUAUAAAUUCCAAUAUUAAAGCAAAUUAGAAAAAUAUUGCGCACAUUAGCUUAUAGCAGUAUGUCAAUUUUGAUAGAAAUAUAUGCUAUAAUUAUUGGUAGAAAACGAAUAAAGUUUAAGCUUUAGAGUAGAAUAAUAAAAUCGAAAGCACACAGCUUUGUACGACUGAUUGUGAGAUAUAUCAUUACCAAAUAAUAAAAAUUAAACACAUCAAUGAAAAUAAAUAUAGUAAAAA